GUUUCUAUGCCUUAAAGUUGUUCCAAGAACUAGCGAGGUUUUCCUGUAAGUUUUGCAAUUCUCAGUUUUUACACAUUACAGAGAUAGAUUUUAUUAAAUUAUUAACAGAACAGAUAGUGAAAAAGUAGUUUAAUUAAUAGAAUUAUCAUCGUCGUACUCAAAUAUAGCUGAAAAUCGUGACAAGACAGUGAAACAUGAAAAAGGACAUGGAGAAAAAUUUUCUUGAUUUUUUAUUAUCAAAAGCACAGUGUCAAGAGGGACCAUCCGGCUUAAAGCGAGCAUCAACAGCAAAAUUGCGUGAAAUUUUCAACAAAUAUGCAACGAAAGACAUUAAAGGCGAGAAAUAUAUGACAAGUGAGGAUUUCGUCAGAGGAUUCCUUGGGCUCUUUCCAGACAACAAUUUCAAUGAGGAAUCGGUUUACUUACUUGGCGGGGUCGCUGACACGAAUAAAGAUGGAUCCAUAUCAUUUUCGGAAUUUCAAGCAUUUGAAGGACUUUUAUGUCAACCUGAUGCACUUUAUAAAACUGCAUUUCAGAUGUUCGAUAAGAAUGGCAAUGGAUGCGUCACGUACACUGAAUUUGCUAACGUCAUUCAAAAGACAGAGCUCUACAUGAAAGUUCCAUUUAAACUUGAUGGGCCAUUCGUUGAACUUUAUUUCGGACGUGAAAGAAAUCGUGCCAUACCUUAUACAGAAUUUUCACAGUUCCUACACGAUUUUCAUGAAGAAUGUGCUUUAGAAGCUUUUAAAUUAAAAGAUCCAAGUCGUACUGGCUACAUCACAGCACUUGAUUUUCAAGAUAUUAUGCUUAAUGUUAAGAAUCAUCUGUUGACAAAUGCUGUUAGAGAUAAUUUGGUGCAAGUUGCUGAAGGACAUAAAGUUAGUUUUCCAUACUUUAUGGCAUUUUGUUCAUUAUUAAACAACAUGGAACUGAUUAAGAGAGUAUACCUUAAUGCUGCUGGCGGCAAUCGAUUAGAACCGGUCACAAAAGAAGAGCUCCUUCAUUCAGCACAAACAAUGUCGCAAAUUACACCGCUUGAAAUUGACAUCCUUUAUCAACUCACUGAUGCUUUACAUCAAAAUGGCCGCAUAGUAUACACUGAUCUAUCAAACAUAGCACCAGAAAAUUACAUUAAGAAAAUCACCGCAAGAUUAACAGAUAUCAAGGCAGUUGAAACACCAGCCGAUCGUUCAGCAGUUACAGCAGUUCUAGAAAGUGCUUACAGAUUUGUGCUUGGUUCAAUCGCUGGUGCUGUUGGAGCGACUGCAGUAUAUCCAAUUGAUUUGGUGAAGACGAGAAUGCAAAAUCAAAGAAGUGGUCCAAUUAUUGGUGAACUUGCAUACAGAAACUCUAUAGAUUGUUUCAAGAAAGUUAUUCGACAUGAAGGUUUAGUGGGUCUUUAUAGAGGUUUAGUUCCACAAUUACUUGGUGUUGCACCAGAAAAAGCCAUCAAACUUACUGUCAAUGACUUGGUUCGAGAUAAGUUCUUUGAUAAGCAAGGAAAUAUUCCUGGAUGGGCUGAAGUCUUAGCUGGUGGAUGUGCUGGCGGUUCGCAAGUCAUCUUUACAAAUCCAUUGGAAAUCGUGAAAAUUCGAUUACAAGUUGCUGGUGAAGUUGUAGGCGGUGCUAAAGUUCGUGCAUGGCAUGUGGUGAAAGAAUUGGGAUUCUUUGGAUUAUACAAAGGUGCUCGUGCUUGCUUUCUUCGUGAUAUUCCAUUCUCGGCUAUUUAUUUCCCUGCCUAUGCACACACAAAAGCUGCAUUUGCUGAUGAAGAUGGGUACAAUCAUCCAUUGACUUUAUUAGCUGCUGGUGCUAUAGCUGGAAUUCCGGCUGCGUCUCUCGUAACUCCUGCUGAUGUAAUUAAAACUCGAUUACAGGUUGUAGCUCGCUCAGGACAAACGACUUAUUCGGGUGUGAUAGAUGCUACUAGAAAAAUAAUGCGUGAAGAGGGACCAAAAGCAUUCUGGAAAGGAACUAUAGCUCGUGUUUUCCGUUCAUCACCUCAAUUUGGUGUCACUUUGGUCACAUACGAGCUACUGCAACGUCUCUUCUAUGUCGAUUUCGGUGGAACACGUCCAUCAGGGUCUGAAUUACAAAAAAUAGGAGGUCCAGCAAUCAUCUCAAGUAAAAACGAUAAUGUUGAUCAUGUAGGAGGUUAUCGUGCCUGUUUACCAAUUUUACACGGAAUCGAAACUAAAUUUGGUCUGAGUCUUCCACGUUUUCAAUCAACAUUAACUGCUGAAGCUAUGAAAGCGAAGAAAUUAUGAUUCGCAAAGCAAAUUUAGAUAAGUCCUUAAAUCCCCCAUUUUUUCGUUGUUGACAUUUAAAAUUACGUUCUGCAUUUUUUCAUUGCCUUUUUCUUCGUUAUGUUAAAUUUUUGCUAGCAUCUCUCAAUGUUUGAGAUAUAUCAUAGAUCAUAUUUUACAGGCAGACUGCCUUGUUAUUCAUGAAAAAAAGUGUACUUUUUAACUUAUUAAUUAAUUUUUUUGUUGAUCUUAAGAAAAUAAAGUGAAAUAUUUUAAAUGAA